AUGCUUCCAGGUGGCCAAGGCGAUGCUGAGCUGCCCAGAUUAACCCAAGAGGGAGCUCUCCCACAGAGGAGAGCGGUCCACGGCAAGUUCCAGGAGAAUUCAGGACUGCCGCUCUGCAGAAAGGUUUGCUAUGCUGCUGGGGGCAUUCCCUACCAGAUGACAGGAAACGCGCUUGGGUUUUUCCUCCAAAUUUUCCUUCUGGAUGUUGUGCAGCUGGAGCCGUUCCAUGCCUCUCUGAUCCUCUUCCUUGGAAGAGCUUGGGAUGCAGUUACUGACCCUGCCAUUGGCUUCCUAGUCAGCAAGAGCCCAAGGAGAAAAUAUGGCAAGCUAGUCCCAUGGAUUGCAUGCUCCACACCGUUUGGAGUGCUUUUCUACUGCAUGAUGUGGUUCACCCUCCCAGAUACCACCCCUGUCUCCUUGAAGUUCCUGUGGUACCUGUUCAUGUACAGCUUCUUCCAGACUUGCAUGACUUGCUACCAUGUGCCGUACUCUUCCCUGACAAUGUUCCUGGGAGGAACCCAGAGAGAUCGUGAUUUAGCCACCGCCUACAGAAUGGGAAUGGAGGUGUUCAGCACACUCCUUGGAUCAGGAAUUCAGGGGCAGAUUGUGGGCAGUUACCAUGUCCAUAUGAUGAACAGCUGUUACGUGUUGAAUGGGACCCUGCCCAACACCAGCUCCUCCAGCCUCACAGACUCACUGGAGAACACGCGUAGGGCCUAUGCAUUUGCAUCCCUGGUUCUGGGCUCAAUCUAUUGCCUGUCCUGUCUGAUUCUCAUCUUUGGAGUAAGGGAACAGCCUGGGCCCCUCAGCCCCCUGGGGAAGGUUGAGCUGCCCUUCAGUAGCUGCCUGAGGAUGAUCAUGGAACACAAGCCCUACACCCAGCUGCUGUGUGGCUUCCUCUUUGCAUCCCUGGCCUUCCAGAUUGCACAGGGGAUCUUCGCUGUCUUCUGUACUCAUGCUGCAGGUCUGGCCGGGAAGUUCCAGCAUUUGGUGCUUAUCAUGUUGGUCACAGCUUCCCUCUCUAUUCCAUUCUGGCAAUGGCUUUUGGGGAAAUUUGGGAAGAAAACGGCCGUGUCCUUAGGCCUGGUGCUGAUUAUCCCAGCCCUCAUAGGGAUCACCCAGGUGAGGCACAAUUUCCUGGCCUUCAUCUUCCUGAUGAUCAUGGCAGGCUGCAGCAUGGCUGUGCUCUAUCUGUUACCGUGGUCCAUGCUGCCAGAUGCAGUGGAUGAUUUCAGGCUGAGGAACCCCAACUGCCUGAACCUGGAGGCUCUCUUCUACUCAUUUUAUGUCAUCUUCAACAAGUUUGCAGGUGGUCUUGCCGUGGGGAUAUCGACACUGAGUUUACAUUUUGCAGGUUACCGUGCUGGAGACUGCACACACAACCCCUCUGUCAUCCUUGCCCUACAGCUGCUCAUGGCCCCAGUCCCAAUAAGUCUGCUGCUUGUUGCUAUAAUCAUCUUUUCCCUCUACCCCAUCAAUCAGAAGAGGAGGAAACAGAUGAAAAUGGAGAUGGAGGCAAUCAGGCAUCACAUGCAGCAUGGCAGCGCAGAGUAAAACAAGCACCGAACUGGCACUCCAGUCUGGUGCACAUUGGCAGGAUCUGAGCAAAUUACUCCCCAGUUGUGCACUAACUUAAUUUGAACCCUUCAGUCUUGUGAUGCCACUUUAAGAAGAAUGGGGAAGAUCAUGUGUCAGAGUAUCUGCAGGAUCAUCACAUCAAUCGAGAUUCGGCGUGAUUUCUCAGCAGCACGGAGGGCUUCCCUUUUUUGCUGAGGCGUAAAGGAUGUUCCUUAGGAGUGCCUGACUAAGGCUGUGGUCGGUGCUGCAACACACUGCCCUCUGCCACUGUGCAUUGCUUUCAGCCUUGCUUCCUGUGGAUUUAUGAACGAACAAGUACCUUUGAACACUGAGGAAACACUCUGAGAGCUCGGAGUUUUAAGUCCUACAGAAGACAUGAAUUAUGUUCAGAGGCAUGCGCUCUUUGGGACAGAGGGGUGGACUUCCUCUGGAGCUUCUACUCUGCCGCACGUGCUGUGAACGGGCCAUAGACCACUCUAGAGUGGGACCUGUCCCACUGCAGAGCAGGGAAACACUUCUGGUGUUUGUGGUGUCUUCUAGCCCUGCUAUUAUCCACGAUGGUACUUCUGUAUAUCAAAAAAAGUCCUGUAUAUUUCUUACACUAUUAAAUCUGAAUAUUCACACUUUU